AUGGCUACCCCUCGGAACCUUGCACUCGUCACAAUCUGCCCCAUCAUGAUACUCUUGAUUAUGGCGUCGUUUCUGCUGGAUCGAAACCAACGUUAUCCAAAUCAAAGCGUGUCGCCGUUCAUCCGCUCGUUUCGUUACUCCAAAAUUCUACCUGAACAGCAAGAGGAAUCAAAGUCAGCCGUUAUUAACAUCACCACUGAUGCAACAUCGACACUAACUGCUUUGGAACUUGAACAUAUCGUGAACAUGGAACAAGAACGUCGAAAGCGGGCACUGGCUGCAGUGUGUAGCCAUUUUAGCAUAAUAUCAGGACCAAUUAGCGACUACAGACAUUUACUCGUCAACGACAAACAUAAAAUCCUCUUCAAUUUCAUCCCCAAGGUGUCUUGCACGACGUGGAAGACAAUCUGGCGUACACUGAACAACAACACUGGAAAGUUGAAGAAUGUACUGAAAUAUUACAAAAGAGAUGAUGCCCGGUUGAAGAGCUACCGUAAAGUGUUGUUUGUGCGAGAACCUAUGAGUAGGUUACUUUCAGCGUAUAUGGAUAAACUUCACUCUUGGUCUUUCAUUCAACGGAUUUGGGAGAAGACUUAUGGGAGAGAAAUUUCCGAUCGUUACCGAGGCGAUAAAAAACAGAAUCUCGGGAAAUGGUGGAAUAUUACAUUCACUGAAUUUAUCAAAUACAUCACUGAUCGGGGAAGUGGUAUCAAAAUGAACCAGUUGAAUGACCACUGGCUGCCACAGUAUAAACUAUCACGGCCUUGUCAUGUCAAAUACGAUUUCAUCGGCCAUUUUGAAAAUCUUGCAGUGGAAGGUCCGUUCGUACUGCGAUGGCUAGGUAUCGACCACCUCGUCCAAUUCCCAGAAUACAAAAGCUCAAAGGCAAAACAACGUUUUGUGGAAUAUUACAAGUCGAUAUCGCCGGAUUUGAUGCGGAAACUGAUGGAUUAUUACUACGUGGACUAUAGACUGUUUGAAUAUUCACCCGAUGACGUCAUGAGUCAGGUUCUAUGGGGUGUUUGA